AACUUACAUUAAUCACAUUAUAGUUACCAUCAUGAGUGAUUUAGGAUUUGAUCCAAGCUUGAAGAAGAAGAAGAAGAAAGUUGUGAGCACAGAGGAAGCUCCUUCUACCGAAGGAAGCCCAGCUGUAGCCGACACUGAUGAUUUGUUCUCAGGAUUGAAGAAAAAGAAGAAGGCAAAGAAGCCUGUUGAAGAACAAAGUUCUAAAUCCUCUCCUGUCCCAGCAGACUUGGAAGCUGAGUUCGCCGACUUGACUUUAAAGAAGAAGAAGAAGAAGUCUGUCAAAGCUGCCGAUGUUCUUGACUUUGAACAACAAUUAGAACAAGCUGGUAUUGAAGAAACUACCCCUACAGCAGAAGAAGAAACCACCACUGUUUCAGCCCAAGAGUUGGGAGGAUUGCCAUAUGAAGAGUUGUUAUCCCGUUUCUUCAACAUUUUGAAAGAGAAUAACCCAGAAUUGGCUGGAGCCAGAUCGGGACCUAAAUUCAGAAUUCCUCCUCCAGUAUGUCAAAGAGAAGGUUCAAAGAAGACCUUGUUUGCCAACGUCCAAGAGAUUGCCACUGUCUUACAAAGAAACCCCGAGCAUUUGAUACAAUAUUUAUUCGCCGAGUUGGGUACUUCGGGUUCGAUUGAUGGUGAAAAGAGAUUGGUUUUGAGAGGUAAGUUUCAACCUAAGCAAAUGGAAUCGGUUUUAAGAAGGUACAUCAUCGAGUAUGUCACUUGUAAGACAUGCAAGUCUAUGAACACGGUAUUGAAGAGAGAAUCUGCCAACAGAUUACACUUUUUGAGCUGUAAUGCAUGUGGUUCCACCAGAUCGGUAUCGUCUAUUAAGACUGGUUUCCAGGCCCAAAUCGGAAAGAGAAAAAAGUUGUUGAUUUAAUGCUUUUGGCUGCAACUAUCUUUCUCUCAACAAAUAUUCCUCUGUGUAUCAUAUCAUAACAAAUAUACAUUUUCUUGAUCU